AUGAACCAAAAUCGGUACGUGUGGGAGCAGUGUGGGCGGGGAGGAAAGACCACCAGUGGCACGUCCCCACGUCGUCCGCCACGUAGCGCACAGACCAGCUGCAUCCUGCCGGUCUGCCCAAGCACCCGUUGCACCCAAGCAAGCACCCAUGGCCGCCAGCAGCAGCAGCGACAGCAACAGCAGCACCCAAGCUCUUCUUCAGAACAGGAACCUCUCACCUCCAAAUCGCCUCAAACAGCACCAGCGCUAGCACUACAUGCACUACGUAGUAAGGCACCGCCGAAUGAAGGACCCCAAGACACGCCCGGGCCCAAAGCUGCACUAAAUCGAGUGGUCGCUGGCAAAUCGCACCUUGGCUUCCCGCACCGCCUCAGACACCUCCAGUCCAGGCUUGGCAGCUGCAAAGACGCCCCGGCCCUUUGUUGCUUCCGUCCAGACACCUGGGGAAAGCACGGAAAGUGCUACUUCGGACAGGUGCAGUCGAGAGGUCGUACCUUCCUCUCAAAAUUCAACCACGUCACCCCCCUGCCCCUGCUCCUUGCUCUGUUGCUCGCGCUACAGGGUUGUGCCACCUUUAGGUUGGGCUCUCAGGAAUUCCAGCGCCGCCAGCCUCUCCCAUCCUUCCAUUCUCCAAAAUCAUCACACUGUCGUGUAACGACGGAAGGGUCUGCUCGUCAAUUGUCCUUCAUUUCCCUCGUCGGACCACGUCCCUUGCCACUCUCUGCAUCUCUUCUUUCCUCCUCCCCCAAACUUCCUUCAACGGGCGCCAUCAUGGUGUCUCCCAUGCCUCCCGCACCGACACCCCCUGGUGGCAGUAUGCCCUCCAACGGCGAUCGCAGCAACAAUUUGCUGAAUUUGCUCAAGUUCAGCGGUGUCGGAAGUGCGUCGGCUGCGCAGGCUCGCCAGGAAGGCUAUCAGCAGCAGCAACAGCAGCAGCAACAGUCUCCCCAGCAGCAGCAAGCCCAGCAGCACCACUACCAACAAUCACCGCAGCAGCAGCAGCAUCACCAGCAUCAACAGUUGCAGCAUCAGCCCCACCAGUCCCAGCCUCAGCCUCAUCAGCAAGGCCGUGACUCGUCCUCGACGAUGCCUUCGUCCAUUCCGACGCAGAUCGUCGCACCCGCCCGCGCCCCGGCCGACCCUACCGGCCUGCUCGCCGCUCUGAUGAAAGGAGCUCACGAUGGCGAGGAGUCGCGUUCCGAGCCGCCUCAAAACGGCUCCUUCUCGACUUUUGGCGCAUCGUCGCCCCCCGACGAUACGCGCGCCUAUCUCUUGAACUUGCUGAACCGUCCGAAGCCCAGUCAGAAUGACUUGCUUCUAUCCGAGUCCACCCGUUCCAACCCCCCUCAGGCGGGCGAAAACAUCCUUCACAGGGUGCUUGCUGAAGCUGGCCAAGCUCCCAACUUGUCCCAUAUGGCUUCCAACUCGUUCGAGUACGACCCCAACAGCUACGCUCAAUCGAGCGGCAACUAUGGCGCCUACUCGUUCCCUUCCACCCAAGAUUCGAACCUCCACGUCGCCCAGCACCAGCACCAGAACCAGCAGCAGUAUGGCUACAAUGCCAACCACAACGGCAGCAGCUUCGACGAGUCUCAAAUCACUUCGCCACACAACAGAACUCCCAAGACGGGUUCAAUCUCGGGAAUUGCCCCAGCUCAGUCGUCUGGCCAGUCACCUGCUGGUCCGGCUUUCCAGAUCCUCAAAAAGGCUCACGACUCGCCGAGCUCUCACCAUUCCCAUCACUCCCAUCACUCCCAUCACGGAAGCGAGUCUAAGCGCAUCGUCAACGAGCACCGCAGCCCUCUGGCCAGCCCCGAGCGCCUUCGUCACAGCUUCGGCCACGGUUCUUCUCCUGCAGACAAGCUUGCUAAUCCUACGCCUGGCUCCACUGCCUCGUAUGCGAGCAUCCCUGCCGAGAAGAACAAGGAGACGGUUUCCGAGGCAAUCCACGAUAUUGCCCAGCAAGCCGACUACGAGGCCCAGCAAGCUCUGGCCCGCGCUGAGGAAGAGCAGUCGCGGCCAGAGUACCUGCAGGAUCUCGAAGAUAUGGACACCGCCCGUACCGAGAGGGAGUUCGAGGAGAGCGCCCAUCAUGCUGCUCAAGCCAUCAAGAAGGAGCUCGAACGCGAGGAGAAUAGAGAUCUCCUCGAAAAGGUUGUCUCCGCCGAGGUGGCUGAGGAGGUUCGCGAGAUCAUCGAGGAGGCUGCGAGCCAUGCCGUCGCCGACAGUUGGGAGAGCGCCGACCAGGACGAGAUUGUGGUGAUCGAGGAGGAAACUCCCGCUCCCGUAAAGGUCUUCAACUUCCCAAUGAAGCCUUGGAUCUCAAUUGCUCUGCAGGACAGCGCUACCGAGCCUCGACCCCAGUUCAGAGACGAUGCCAUCAUGGACAUUGCCCGUCUCAAGAAAGAGUUCGACCAAAUUGACCGCAAUCUCUACACGGCGACCGAGAACUACAUGGCGUACGGCAUGUCCAAGGCUGGUGGUCUCCGUGUCAUCAGGCAAGACGACGGCAAGGACGCCAAGAUCUUCACCGACACCAAGGACCGCAUCUUCAAUGUUGCCAUGUCCGUCACUCCCACUGACCACACCGGCAUCCACCGCGAGGCCAUCAUUGGUACUGGCAUCACUGGCACUGUCUACUGGGUUCAGAUCAAGAGCGGCGAGAAAGACCACAUUGAGGAUGCCCACCCCGAGCAGUACGGCUUCGCUUUGCCCCCCAUGGCUUCCCACGAAGGUGGCGAUGCCCCUGGCGGCGUUCUCAAGACCCGUGCCCGCACGUCCACCAUCCACCCCGAGUUCUUCGCCGUUGGCCGCGGCAAGUCCAUCAACAUCAUCUGGCCCACAUACAUCAUGCAGAACAACCUGUUCAAGCCUGGCCACGACCGCGUCGUCGACACGGAGAGAUUGGCUAAGCAGUGCUCGUUGAAGAUCAACACCGGUAAGGCCGGUAAAGACUUCACGUUCAGUCAGGACGAUAGCGUGAUAGUGUCUCUUGACAAGUCUGGACGUGUCAAGUUCUGGGACGUCCGUGACCUGACUGCCGCCAAGGAGGGCAGCGAUCCUCGUGCGCCCAUUCCCGCGCACACCUCACUGGAGGUGAAGGAACCUCUCAUGACCCUCACCAGCACUCCCGAGGGCGAGAAGGCGUGGCCUACAUCUGUUCUGCUGGUCGACAAGCUUCGCCCGUACCAAAAGCGCUGCGCUCUGCGUUAUAUGAUCAUUGGAAUGAAGCAGAACCACACUCUGCAGCUCUGGGAUCUUGCGCUCGGCAAACCUGUCCAAGAGUUCAACCUUCCCCACACCAAGGAGUCUGACGCUGUUUGCAGUGUCAUGUACCACCCUCCUACCGGCAUGCUGGUGAUCGGGCACCCGACCCGCAACUCCAUCUACUUUGCGCAUCUUUCGGCUCCUAAGUACAACUUGAAGAGCGUUUCGCAGGUGGACUACAUCCAGCGCCUGGUUGCCCAGGACACCACCAUCCCCGCGCCCGACUCGACUGCCGUUAUCAGCGGCGUUCGUGAAUACUCGUUUGCAAACCGUGGCAUCCUGCGUAGUCUCGACAUCCUCUGCAACCCUGCUAUGGCUCAAGAAACCGACGAGCCUACUCUGUUUGAACUCUAUGCCAUGCAUUCCAAGGGAGUCGCAUGCCUUUUGAUCAAGCAGGCUGAGCUCGGCUGGACCAAGGAUAACAAGGUCCUGGCACCCGUUGACGCAGUUGACGCUGGUGUUGUUACUAUUUCGAAGCUCAAGCCCCCCGCCAGCCAGCCCGCUGAGCCCAACCACCAGAAUGCCGAAGGCACCCACCCCUCGGCUCGCAACAUUGCCAAGGACUCCCUUCUGCAGACCACACCUUCUCACGAUGACAACACUCCCCGUCGCGGUCCCGAGUCUGUCACGCCGGUCAAGAUCGCCAAGGCGGAGCCAAAGGAGGAGGAGACGCCAGUUCCUGCUCCCGCCCCUGUCAAGGAGGAGAAGCAGGAGCGCAAGAGCCGCAAGAAGAAGGCAGCCGCAGCAGCCGCAGCGGCGGCCGCUGCUGCCGGCAACGAGCAAACGAACGGCUCGUCCCGUGUUGGUCCUUCCAACAACAACAAUUCCAAUUCCAAGGACUCGGGUAAAUCUUCCGGCAACAACUCCAACUCGAACUCCAUUACCCAAGAGUCUGUCGAAUCAGCAAUCAGCAGCAUGGAGACUCGCUUCCAGAAUGGAUUCAACAACUUGCUCAACUCAUCGUUCAAGACGCUCCACGGCCGCAUUGACGAGGGCCUGCGUGCUCGCGAGGCCGACUUCGACGACCGCCAGCUCAAGCUCCUGAACAUGGUCUCGGAGGUCCUCAACGAGAACACCCAAAAGGUUCUCGAGGCCCUCAUCCAGGAACAGUUCAGCAACGCGGUUAUUCCCGCUAUUGCUGAUGUCGCCGGCAAGGCUGUUUCUGACCAGUUUACCAAGAGUAUGAACAACCAAGUCUCGCACUCCGUUCAGAAGGAAAUUCACAAGGCUCUUCCUUCCGCGACUCAGCACGCGCUGCAGAAUGGCGACUUUGUGAAGGCCAUCUCGGAUAGAGUCGGAGCCACGGUGGCGGCCAACGUCCAGCAAGAGGUCGUCAACACUUUGACCUCUCGCCUGGCUCCCUCGUUCACCAACAUGGCGACCCAGGCUUGCCAACGAGUGGUCGGUGAACUCCAGAAGCAGCACCGCACUGAGAUGGAGACUCUCAACGCCCAGCGCCUCGCCGAGAGCAACAAGGUUGAUCAACUUUCUGCCAUCGUGACUCGUCUUACUGGCACGAUCUCGAGCAUGGCGGCGUCCCAGGAGCAAUUCCAGAAUGAGUUCCUCAAGUUCCAGCAGCAGAUGAUCCGUGUUCAGGCUCAAGCCCAGCAGCAGCAGCAGCAGCCUCAACAGGUGCCGCAUCACCAGCAGGCCCCCUCUUACGCCCCUUCUGUUGUUAGCCAAGUUCCCAGCCAGGUUCCUAGCCACAUGCAGAGUCAGGCUUACAGCAACCUGCAGAGUCCUGACAGGGCUUCGCAGCACUCCAUGAGCUACAGCGGCCACUCUCAGGCUCUCACGGUGGCCAAGUCUAACAAUGAGUACGAUGCCGAUCUCCAAGCCCGCAUUGCUGUCGUCAACCAGCCGAUGAAGGAAGGCAGAGCCGAGGAGGCUGUCGUUCGCUGGAUGCAAUCUGGCCGUGAGCAGGAAGUGUUUGAAAAGUAUAUGUCCAAGUACAGCCCCGAAUUCGUCCGCAACCUGCCGCACCUCGUCCUCUUAACCGUGACUGCCACGGUCAGUCUCAACCUGGAGUCAUACACUCGUGAGAGAAUCGCCUGGCUCGAAAUGGUUGUGCACAGCCUCCAGGUCUCGCUCGGCGAAAUGGAUGGUGACGCUCGUGCGGUUACACCAAAGAUUAUGGGUAUGCUGGUGGCCCGCGUCGAGGGUCUCUUCGUUCGCAUCAGCAGCACGUCGGGCAACGACCCGGUUCUCAAGAACCUCUCGCAGAUUAUUGUCAACGCGAAGCGGGUGAUUGACGCGUGCCAGGACGAGCAGCAGAUGGCCUUGCUACAAGGCAUGGUUACGAUGUUGAGGGGAUAUGUCCCUCUGAAGACUCGCACAUACGACCACACCCAUCAGAGAAUUCGGGAUCCCGUCCGCUCUCCCAUAGACAAGCUGAUGAGGGCCAGACUAGUAGUUGAGUCGGUGACGAUCAGCGAAUACCUGGAGGAGGCUGGGCUGGGUGUACAAGGCAUUGAAUCGCAGCCCAGUUGCACCGCCACUUUUGACUCAACUCAACUUCAUCGCAUAGAUAUUGAGGAUGUGGGAAGAGACACUCGUCCCGAUUGUCUCAAUGGAAGCAUGCGACACAAUGUGGCCUGUGCCCCUGAAGAGACGGCAGAACCUUGCAGUGGCUGGCGGCAAGAGCAGGACACCUGUGCUCACUGCUCGGUCGCUGUUCAGUUUUUGGGGAAAGCUCGAGUCAAACAGCACGGUACAAUGCCUGCCCUGUGGGACCUGUGGCAGCAGGAGCCAACUCAGUCAAGCCAGGAACGUACCUUGAAGUUUGAACAUGGUGAGGAAGGAACCUCAAGGUACAUGCCUCUCACGGUCUCCCUUCAGGUCUCUGUGCCCGUGCUGUUGGCCCGAAUUGAAGUCAAAAUCUUUGCGGCCACCUCUAUAGCCAAGCUGCCAAUUUUCACCCAACCAAGUUAUCUAAGUUUUUCCGCCCCCUCGACCGGGCCAAUUGCGUUUGAUAGAGUGUACUUCCCAUCCGCUGCGAGGUACAUGGACUCUUUCACUCCAAGGUACCUUACCUCAGCAGCACUUUCAGGUACACCCGACCAUCCAGAGCACACCGGGUGUGCCAACGCCAACAGCACCAAACACAGCUCCGACCACCGCUUUAGGGGCUUUGGACCUGGAUUUGGAUUGACAACCACCUUUUUCCCACCUCACGACGACACGACACGACACCACGACCACGACGGCAAAGACCGCUGCGCCAGCUCCUCGACGAACGAUACCAAGGCGCGCAGACUACUGCGCCCAGCGGGACGAUCCGUGAGAAGGAACCCAUCCCGACAGCGUAACGACCACCGACGAGACGAUUCCCACACCUCGUAUCUAUCUCCUCCCACAUUCGACGGCAGUGCUGAGCUGCCCGUGGUUCCGGGUAUGGGGUCGAACGUAGGCAACGGCAUGGGCGGGCCUGGAGGGAACGAGAUGGGCGGCGCGAUGCAGGGCAACGGCGGCAACCAGCCUCAUGCGACCGAGUAUACACUACAGGGUGUUAUGCGCUUCCUCCAAACCGAAUGGCACCGUCACGAGCGGGACAGGAAUGCUUGGGAGAUUGACCGCCAGGAGAUGAAGGCUAGGAUAGCUUCCCUCGAAGGCCAGGCAAGAAGGGCCGACGCAACGCAAAAGGCACUUAAGAAAUACGUCGCCAUUCUCGAGAAGAAGGUUAAAGACCAGGCUGCACAGCUCAAGGGCGGUGCCAAAGCAGGCGAAGAUGCUGCAAAUGCUGAAAAGGAUCGCGCUGCCCUGGUCCAGGAGAAGCUCCGACCUUCCUCCAAGAAACCAUUCGAUGCCCAUGGUGGCGAGCUCGACGUCGAUAAAGCCGACGAUGAAUCGCAGCGGGCCGACCUCAAGUCUUUCCUGGAUCAGUGCCAGGCCGAGUUUACCUAUCUGAUGAUUACCCCGGCGAAUCCUCUACCACCACGAGAUUCGCCCCCUCUUCCUAUACUCGAGGACCUGCGCGAAGGCGAGCCGUUUGGCGUACCUGGUGGUAAGCCAUUCCAGGAGCCGCCCUUCCCCUUUGCCUCAUCGUCUCUUGUGCCACAAAACCAUGUCCGCGAAGCCAACCGCCCACCUCCCGCCCCGAAUCAUGCACCCCCGAUGCAGCGAAGUCAACCAACGAGUUUCCAAGUCAAACCUGUCGAUCAGCAACAGCAACAGCAACAGCAACUACAGCAGCAGCAGCAGCAGCAUCAACAACCACAACAACAGCACCAACAGCAAAUGCCACCCCCCGCACAAGAACCUGCACCCCCUGUCAUGUAUGCCGCCGGUACUGAAUGGCCUCAGCCGAUGUCGGCAACUGGCCGUAUGCUCGACGACAAUAUGCAACGCCCCAGCCAUGCCGUCGAGUCCAUCAGUAGCGUAGAGCCAACGGAAGAAUCGCAACCUAGUCGCCCUGCCCCUGAGACCGACGGCUGGGACUUCUCCGACGGAUCAUUUGCCGAUGCCAACUCGUCGCAAUCUCUACAGCACAUCACCAACAGGCCCGAUACCGACGCAUUCCCCACCGCAGACAAUCUUCCAAAGUCGCCCAACCGUGGACCGAGCUCCCAUCGCCGCAAAGGAUCAAUGUCGCGGAGACGCAGCGCAGACCACGAGCUAUCAUUGAAUUCGGCUGCUCAGAAGGCCGAAACGGGCAAUUUCAAACUUCGAUUCGGCCUGCGAGGCCAUCUGGACACCGUACGCACCGUCAUCUUCUCUGGUGGUGGCAGUCCCGGUGAACCUGAGAUCUGCACAGCAGGCGAUGAUGGCAUGAUCAAGCGAUUCCACAUUCCUCGUGCCGAUAACCAUGGCCAGACCAAUGCUGCGUCAGAUCUCGACGUGACAGCUAACUUCUCUCAUCGUGGUCACGCUGGAGGCGUGCUCUGUUUGACGUCCUGGUCGCCUUCGCCAAACUUCUCCACCGGUGGUCGCGCCCAAGGUGACGGCUGGAUCUUUUCCGGCGGUCAAGAUGCUACCAUCAGGGUAUGGGAACGUGGUAGAGUUGACCCCAAGGCUACCCUCGAGGGCCACACCGACGCUGUAUGGGCGUUGUGCGUGCUGCCGACCACAUUGGGCGCAGUCUUCGGCCAGAACAGCCAAUACGGAAGCCCCGAUCGUAUCCUGCUCGUCUCUGGCGGCGCUGAUGGAUCUGUCCGUCUGUGGUCCGUCAGCGCGCCGCCCCAGUUGACCUCACCUCAGCCGGGAACGAACAGAGCUGGUCCGACGGGCAGCAGAGGCCGUGUCCGCGGUAAUUCGAUGAGUUCUGGAAGUGCCUUCUCCAGCACCCCGCAGCCCAAUAUGGCAUCGAGCUCCCCCUUCAACCACACGCUUGUCCACAACAUUAAGAGGCCGGAUGGCUCUGACGCCAGCCCAACAUGCAUCACUUCCCUCAGCCCUAGCGGCGACACGUUCGUCGUCUCUUACUCUGACGCAGCCAUUCUCGUCUAUGAUACCCGGACAGGUGAACAGACUGGCACAAUGGACAGCUCCGAGACAUACGACGGUUCAAUCAACACCAGUGUCAACGCUGUUGUUGCGACAACAGUUGGUUUGGAACAGCCUCAGGGCGGGCUGUCUGAGGAAGAUGGCAGUGCCGGCGGUGGACCAACCGGUGGUGGAGGCAGAUCCAUGGCAGGAUCCGGGGUUGAAGGCGUCAUUAUAUCUGGACACGAGGACCGGUUCGUCCGCUUUUUCGAUGCCAACAGCGGCCAAUGUACCUACAACAUGCUGGCCCACCCGGCAUCGAUUUCGGGCCUAUCACUUAGUCCAGACGGCCGCGAGCUUGUCAGCGCAGGCCAUGAUGCCUCGCUGCGAUUCUGGAGUCUCGAGAAGCGAUCCUGCACGCAGGAGAUUACGAGUCACCGCAUCAUGCGUGGUGAGGGCGUCUGUUCUGUUGUCUGGAGUCAAGACGGCAAGUGGGUUGUUAGCGGUGGUGGGGAUGGCGUGGUGAAGGUAUUUGCGCGGUAG